GUAAGUUUGGGAUAGUACGUACCUUUAUCAUGUUUUUCUAAAUAAAUUGAUUACUUGUGUAUUAUAAAUUAGUAGCAGCUGUUUUUUGUGAAAUAAAGCACCAAGUAUAUCAUCAGUGCUACGAAGACUCCUGAGCCAACAUCAUCAUGGCCGAAGCAAUGGUAGAAGAACAACUGAAUGAUUUAUCUGUCAGGGAUGAGGAGGAUGACAUUGUGGACCCAUGGAAUGUGACAAGCAAAUCUGAAACAGGAAUAGAUUAUGAGAAGCUAAUCAAAAGAUUUGGCAGUCAAAAGAUUGAUCAGGCUCUAAUAGAUAGAUUUGAAAAAGUUACUGGACAGAAAGCUCAUCACCUUUUGAGGCGCGGAAUAUUCUUCUCACACAGGGACCUACAUGCAAUUUUGAAUCACCAUGAGGCGGGAAAGAAAUUCUACUUGUAUACUGGUAGAGGACCUUCUUCAGAGAGCAUGCACAUUGGUCAUAUAAUUCCAUUUAUGUUUACUAAAUGGUUGCAAGAUGUGUUCAAAGUACCACUCAUUAUUCAAUUGACGGAUGAUGAAAAAGCUUUAUGGAAGGACAUCAAGAUAGAAGAUGCUCGUAAAAUGGCAUUCAACAAUGCUAAAGAUAUUAUAGCUGCUGGUUUUGAUCCAGCUAACACAUUUAUAUUCAAUGAUCUUGAUUUUAUUGGAAAAUGCCCAGCGUUCUAUCAGAACAUGGUGCGGAUACAGAAAUGUGUAACUUUCAACCAGGCGAAGGGGAUAUUUGGAUUCGGUGAAUCUGAUGUCAUUGGCAAAAUCAGCUUUCCAUCCAUAGAGGCCGCACCUGCUUUCUCCACCUCAUUCCCCUUUAUAUUUGGGGAUAAAGUAUUGCCGGCUUUAGUUCCGUGCGCCAUCGACCAGGAUCCAUACUUCCGCAUGACUCGCGACGUGGCGGCUCGCCUCAAGCUGCCCAAGCCCGCCCUACUGCACGCGUCCUUCCUGCCCGCCCUACAAGGCGCCCAACACAAGAUGUCUGCCAGUGAUCCUAACGCGUCAAUAUUCCUCAACGACACGCCUAAGCAGAUCAAGAAUAAGAUCAACAAAUACGCUUUCUCCGGGGGGCAGCCGACUAUAGAAGAACACAGACAGAAGGGGGGCAACACUCAAGUCGACAUAUCUUAUCAGUACUUAACCUUCUUCCUUGAAGACGACGAGAGAUUAGCGGAGGUAAAGAAAAUGUAUGAAUCGGGCGAACUUCUUACCGGCGAAUUGAAGAGGAUAGCGAUAGAAACCAUCACACCAAUAGUGCAGCAGUACCAGCAGCGCAGGGCGCAGGUCACCGACGAAGUUCUACGGCAGUUCUUCGAGAUAAGGAAACUUGACUUCUAACUACUUGCAUUUAGAGCACAAUGUCGUGUGAACGAAUUUAUUUAUGAAAAUAAGUGGAUGGUCUCACUGAAAAUUGAUCUGGAGCGUUACUUUUAAGUCAAAGUCAUGGUCGAACUGUUAAAAUCUUCACUGCUGCCUCCCCUAGCAUGAGCACCGUUUUUAUUGAGCUGAGUUGUCUUUCUAUGUAGUUUGACAGCUAUAUGCGAUAUAAUGUAUAUUGUGAAAGUCGUGCUAAGGAGACUGGGACAUGGUUGUUCCUAAAGACAUUACAUGGAGGGAAUUACGCGAAU